AUGAACGCUCAGGAGCUCAAGCACUACCUGGCUGACGCGCCGCCGAGCGUCGUCCGUUUGGAGAUUGAGAAGCACUUUGAACCCCUCACCGACAAGCAGAAGCGCUAUGCGCAUUUCAUCAGCAACUUUUAUGGGGGAGCGGAAGCUAAAGGACAUGUUAGAGCCUCGUUUGCGGGAACCCGUAUUGUGCUCAGACAACUUUCUCCAGAGUCAGAGCCCAUCUACGACUUCAUCAUUGCCUUACACAAGAGCAGUGGUGGUGACUGGAAUAGCCUUGCCAAGAAGGCUGGUGUCGAUGAGAGCCAACUGACCCACUUCCUGGAGUAUGCUGCCCAAUUCUUGGGCAACAAUGGCAACUACAAGAGCUUCGGCGAUGCCAAGUUCAUCCCUAGAGCCGAUGAGAAGACUUUCGCGGCCCUUGCUGCUACCUCUCCUGAGGCUGAGCGCUUCUACAAGGCGACCAACGGUGCCAUCUUCAGCUCUGACAAACAGGCGCUGAUGCACCUCGGAUUCCCUGACAAGGGUCACAUGACUACCUACUACCCCGAUUCGCCUCACAUUACCCAGGAGGAGAUCGAAGCCGUGUCCGCCUGGAUGGAGAAGAAGGGCCUUCUCCCCGAGAACAACCGUCUCCGCAAGACCAAGGAGGGCACUUUCGAAAUUCUCAUUGCCUCGGCUGUCACGAGCGUUCCCGCUGAAGGCGGUGACAUUGGCAAGGAGACUGAGUUCCAGGUGGAGGAUGGUCUCCUCAAAGGCAAGACGAUCAAGCUGGUAUACGGCGACUAUGCCGCUGAGAUGAAGGCUAUUUCCGAGUAUAUCACAAAGGCGCAGGAGAAUAGCGACAACGAGAACCAAGCAAAGAUGCACGAGGCAUACGCGAAGUCUUUCUCAAGUGGCUCCCUCCUCGCAUUCAAGGACAGCCAGAGAUUCUGGAUCAGAGACAAGGGCCCUAUGGUUGAGUCAAACAUUGGUUUCAUCGAGACCUACAGAGAUCCCGCUGGUAUUCGCGGCGAGUGGGAAGGCUUUGCAUCUGUGGUCAACCUGGAGCGUACCCGCGCCUUUGGCGCUCUCGUCUCCGCUGCGCCCGAACUGAUUCCCCUCCUCCCGUGGAGCAAGGAUUUCGAGAAGGACAAGUUCUUGUCGCCCGACUUCACAUCACUCGAGGUUCUGACCUUUGCCGGAUCUGGAAUUCCUGCUGGAAUUAACAUCCCCAACUACGAUGACAUUAGGCAGACUGAGGGCUUCAAGAACGUUUCUCUCGGCAACGUUCUGAGCGCCAAGGCUCCCAAUGAGAAGAUCCCUUUCAUCUCCGAAGCCGACUUGGAGUUGUACCACAAGUACAGGGACCCUGCUUUUGAGGUGCAGGUUGGCCUUCACGAGUUGACUGGCCACGGCUGCGGCAAGCUUCUUCAGGAGACCUCUCCCGGAACCUACAACUUUGACGAGAAGAACCCUCCCGUCAGCCCCUUGACUGACAAGCCCGUGACCACAUGGUACAAGCCCGGACAGACAUGGGGAUCCGUAUUCGGCAGUCUUGCUGCUUCAUACGAGGAGUGCCGCGCUGAGCUCGUCGCUAUGUACCUUGGAUGCGAGUUCCCCGUUCUUAAGAUCUUCGGCUUCGGCGACGGAAGCACCGACAUCAACAACGAGGCUGGCAACGUCCUGUAUGCUGCGUACCUCCAGAUGGCCCGCGCCGGUCUUGUGUCCCUGGAGAUGUGGGAUCCCAAGAGCCAAAAGUGGGGCCAAGCGCACUCGCAGGCUCGCUUCUCUAUCCUGCAGGUUGGUGACAAUGACUGCUUUCUCCAGGCUGGCGACGACUUCUGCAAGCUGGAGUACAAGAAGGAUGAUCUGUCCGACUUGGAGAUCAAGCUUGACCGUUCAAAGAUUCUGACCACGGGUCGUGAGGCCGUUGGAAAGUAUCUUCAGAAGCUUCACGUGUACAAGGCCACCGCCGACGUCGAGAACGGCACCGCCUUCUACAAGGAGAUGACCAACGUGGACAUGGACUUCUGGGGCACAAAGGCCAGAAACGUCGUCCUGGCCAACAAGCAGCCCCGCAAGGUCUUCGUCCAGGCCAACACCUACCUCGACGAGGCCACCGGCAAGGUCAGCAUUAAGCACUACGAGGCGUCUCCGGCAGGUAUCAUCCAGAGCUGGGUCGAUCGUGACUUGUGA